GCAAGUGGCGCUUGCUUGGAGAAAUAUCUGAAGGAGGAGGAUCAGUUGAGGAGAAAGUUCACUGUUUGGACAAUAAGUCCAUGAAAACGCGUCAUGGCGGACAGAGAGAGCCAGUUUCAGGACUCCUCAGACUCAGACUCUGAACCGGAGGGGGAACCUGUUCGGGUGGCCAGUACCGGACCGUUCCCCGCUUCCUUCGCCUGCACACAGGUAAUCCACAGCGGGCACUUCAUGGUGUCGUCGCCGCACAGCGACUCUACGUCGCGCAGGAGGAAAAGCGGCACAUCUCUGAGGUACGACUUCGACACGGUGAACCGGAUGUGGUGCCAGACGUACCGGUACGGCCCGUUCAGCUCUGGGAGCCUGAGCAUCGACCCAACUCUGACCCGGCUGUUUGAGUGCAUGUCCCUGGCCUACAGUGGCAAGAUAGUCUCACCAAAGUGGAAGUCUUUCAAGGGUCUGCGACUGCUGUGGAGAGAUAAGAUCCGUCUGAACAAUGUGAUCUGGAGAGCUUGGUUCAUUCAAUAUGUGGAGAAGAAGAAAAAACCAGUGUGUGGGUUUGUCACCCCGCUGGAGGGCUCUGAGGCCGACAUGCAUCGAAAGCCUGAAGCGAUUGUAUUAGAGGGCAGCUACUGGAAGCAAAGGAUAGAAGUGGUGAUCAAGGAGUACCACAAAUGGAGGAUUUACUAUAAAAAGAGGCUUCAGAAAAAGAAGGAUGAUAUUCUAUCAAUGCUACAGGAGGGUCAGAUCUGCCAGGCCAAGCUGGAGAAAUGGUCCAGUCAGAUGUACCAGGAGCCUGAGCCUGCACCGGUAGAGGCCCACAUGUUUGACCUGGACUGCCUUCUCUCUGACAUCUCUGACACGCUGUUCACAAUGACACAAAAACCAUGUCCCUGGGCCAGUGAUCGACACAACAUAUACACUAGCAACGCUGAUGUAAUCCAGCCAGGCCUGACUCCACUGCAGCCCAACUUGGAUGAUUUCAUGGAUAAUUCAGGUAUUUUUAUGAACCACCAGGGCCAGUCUGCAGGGCAGGCUGGUUUUGCUGAAUGUGGCUAUUUUGAGAGCUCCUGCAGCACAGCGUUUGCUCCAGCCCCCUCCCCUGUGGUAACAACUCCUCAGCUUCUUAUUGACUCCCCGCUGGCUCAGCCCAGUCCAUGUGACAAUUUGCCUCAGCCCACCUCGUCCAGUACCCAGUCAGGCCAGGACUGCAGUCAAUACCACACAUCCAGUAUCACAUCAGUAACCAUGCCAUAUGAACAUCAGUCAUACCCUGAGCCACCUGUUUCUGUAGUGUUCACCACCAGUAUCAAGCAGCCGGCAUCUGUAAGUGUGCCUUUUUUGUACCCGCUGCCAUGCCACAAGUUUGGUUACUACACAACAACCAGCACAACCUCCAGUGUCAUCACUCAUACUGCCUCCUCCAUGGAGGCGCAAGGGUCUGUGCACCAGGCUCACAGUUACCCCCCCACAGCAGACACCUAUCCCCAGAGUCCCUGCCACCCUCUCAGUUACCUGGCUACUGUAUCUGACCCUGUCCAGGCAGUGCUACCCUGUGUCACUAUGGCCCACUGCUUUUCAGUCCCAGAACAGGUGACUGUCACAGGGGCUAAAGGGAAGCACAGGCAAAAGACAGGAGGAGUGAGGACAGUUGGUCCCACUGUGACUUCAGUUGGCCCCGUGUCCGCUUCCCCAGCGUCCACUAGCUGCCUGGCUAAACUGCUCUCUUCCAGCACUCGUGAACGGAAGCCAUCCCUAGGGUUUGAUACCACUCUAGUGACAACCAAGGGCCAGGGGUCAUCAUCUCCCAGCUCCUCGCAGUCAAGCAGCAGUGCACAUGUUGGAGGAGCUUCAUCACAGCUGCAGCAUGAAGCUGGCUGGCCAGCAGGGAUCCCUGUUUUGACACCUCUACACAGCCAAAGUGCCCGCACCAGCACCUCCAGAGGCUCUGCCACAUCUGCACUGCUCAGCCGGGGCUCCAAGCAUGGCUCCACCAGCGCAACCCUGCUAAUUCCCAAAACUGAGAAGCUAUCUCCUCUUCAGCUCUACAGCACAGACAGGAGCACCUUAACUGGACAUCCACACCAGACAUCACCACAACACCCUUUAGACAAAGCCUCCAACCCUGAAUCCCUACACUCAGGCUUCUCAGGACAUGGAAAGAUAGAAUCAAGUAAGCAAACACAGACCAAGAGAAUAAUUCACAUCUCAGCAGAGCAGAAAAGGCGUUUCAACAUCAAGCUGGGAUUUGACACUUUACAUAACCUUGUGACAACACUCAGCUCUCAGCCAAGCAUAAAGAUCAGCAAAGCUACUACACUGCAGAAGACGGCUGAGUACAUCAGUAAGAUGCAGCAGGAGAGAGCUCAGCUCCAUGAGGAGGCUCAGAAACUCAGAGAAGAGAUCCAGCUCCUCAACUCUGCCAUCAAUGCCUGUCAGCAGCAGCUGCCAGCCACUGGUGUGCCCAUCACACGGCAGCGCUUUGACCACAUGAGGCAGAAGUUCAGAGAGUAUGUCCAGGCACAAACUCUGCAAAACUGGAAGUUCUGGAUUUUCAGUAUCAUUAUCGAGCCAUUGUUUGAGUCCUAUAAUGGAAUGGUGUCCACUGCCAGUGUAGAGGACCUGUGUCGAUCCACCCUGUCCUGGCUGGAGCGGUACUGUUCUCUGCCUGCCCUAAGACCCACGGUUCUGAGUUCACUCCGUCUCCUGAGUACCACCACAGCCAUCCUGACAGACCCCAGCCUACUGCCAGGGCAGGCUACCCUUGCUGUCACACAGGGUGACCUCACUGCUGCCCUGGACCACUCCUUACAGCCCACCACACAGGACACUAUACACCCCAUGUGACCAUGAAGAACAGGCUUACUGGAAACUUAACUGGAACCCGCCGCAAAACAUAAGAGAACAUGUGCAUAAUCACAUCUUGGUAAAAAAUGCGUGCAGCACAAAAAUGCCCACAAAAAGAAUGUAUUCCAGUACACCCAAAAAUCACAUGAACUACAUGUGAUAUAUGCUUAAAUUCUGAUUAAGGUAUAAAAUACUUGUAAUAUAGACUUGUAAUUAUACUGUAUCUCAGCCUCAAAAUAAUUUUCUUUGGCAAAUCAGAAGGAUGGAUGAGUGGAAGAAGACAUCAUUUACUGAUGACUGGCUUUAUUUUUUGUUGAAAUUGUUGGAUAACUUCAGUUGACAGCUGCAUUUAUUCUCAUUUCCUUUGACAUCUCAAGUUAUCUUGUCUGUGUAUAAUAUAUUGUAAUGUCCUCAACUAAUGACCUUUAUUCAGUAGUACAACUCACAUUUAACUAAAGUUAUACUGGGCACUGAACACCAGUGGAAGUUUAGAAAAAAUAAGGGAAAAUUAAUAGUGGAUAAGGGUUAUGACAUGAAUAUUAAGUUUAGUGGUUCUUAAAGUGGUGAGACCACCAGGGCUUAUUGCAUGUGUACCAUAGGAU